AUGUACCAAGAAGGCGAUGACGGAGAGCGCCUCCGGCCGGCGCCACGGCCCGGCCCACGACGCAGUCCUCGGCCGCCCACACGGACCUCCUCCUUGCCCCGCAGCGCCGCCGACAUCGAUCUCGCGCCCGCUGUCUGUACAGGCGGCGUUUCCCUCGACGACACGCCCAUAAUAGAAGUGCUUGACUGUACGCACCCGCAAAUAGGGGCGGCGAUGUCGUGGUGUUGCUCGGCCGCCCACUCCUCCUCCUCCUCCUCUUCCUCCUCCCCGCCCACCACGCCUCCUCGCCUUCUCCUCGUGCACGGGGCGAGUCUGGAUGGCGCUGACGCCUUCCUGGAGGUGCUCAAGGCUCGUCUGGGCAGCUCCGAGUGCGAGCUUCGAGUGUGGGCAGUGACUCAGUCCUCGUCGGAGGAUGACCUAGUCCGGACUGUCACGCAGCGCAUUGGUGUUCGGUGUGACGUCGUCAGCUUACACGAACUACACCAAAGAAUAUCACUUGAUCAGCUGAGUUCACAAUUUGGUGGAACGUUGGAGGUAGACCACCAGGCCUGGCAAUCCUUCUGUAAACUUCGCGAAGGCCUUUUAGACUCCAUGAGGUGUUGUGUGUCGACUCUCCAAAGCCGCGUUCAGCCCACUCCUGUCUCUCCAUCUCCAAGCUCUUCAGAGAAGACAGACUCUGCGUCUCCCAAAGUCAGUUCGGGCGACCACUCUCUCCCCACCGUUACCCCAGCACCCCGGGCGGAUGUGAGGAUGCCGGGAUGCUGGAUUUGUGCCAAGAUCACGCUGAAGGAAAUGGAGCCUUGGUGCCAGAAACUCGAGGGAAAUAAACUUGUUAGAGCAUGGUUUGCGGAGUGCUCGGACCUGAUUGGCACCAUGGCGUCUGUGGUGGCCAUGGCGGAUUCACAUGCAGCGCCACCGUCUCCCCGUCAGGAGCAGUUUCAAAUAGAAGCCACUGCGCGUUUCUUUCAGUCAUUAAAAGUGUCGCCGGAAGGUUUUACACGUCAUAUAGAACAUGUUCGACGGUGGAUGGGGGAGGGUAUCAGACAUGCAGGGGGUCAAGGGUUGCUUGCAGACGAUGAAAUUAUUUUUAGAGACCGAGGAAAAGUUGCGGAAAGACAUGACUGGCUAGAAUAA